AACAUAAUCUCAACAAAUUUCAAUUUAUCCUUCAAUUAUAUUCAAUUAUAGAAAGUUUUGAAGAAGUAAAACGCGCCUGCACGAACGUUCCUUCCUACGUUGCACACACAAUCGAGUUUCAGUACAUAUGUAUUAUAUAUAUGUGAACGUGCAGCAAUUCGUGCCAGCGAUAAGCGACGAUGACAGCAGACGACAGUUUACCAUUACUUAACACACAUCGUAUCGCUGCUAAGACUCAUUACAAAAUUUCUUUAUUAAAUUACAUAUUAUUUUGUUACCACAUUAACGCGACGAAUGAAACGAUUGUAAUUAUAUGCAAUCGAAAAAUAUUUUCGAUGCUUGAAGCGACGAAUUCUUCGUGAAAGUGUUGAGUAUUUGCGAAAAAAUCAUACAACAUGGAAGUAUUGGAUCCUAGUGUCUCAAGAGACGACCAGCCUUUGUGCGUCAAUGAUUUUUUGGAAAAAGUUACUGUACCAGAUAUACCCCCUGAUACAAAAUCAUGCAUAAAAGCAAGGCAUACAUUAGGUUUUUUAGGAUUUCUAGGAUUUGCACUAGUGUAUGCCAUGAGAGUAAAUUUAUCUGUGGCUAUUGUUUCAAUGGUUAAUCAAACAGCAGUACCACAUAAUGAUGAUAAUAAUACCACAGAUGUUUGUCCUAAGGAAAAACCAAUUAAUGGAACAUUCAUACCAAGUGCAGGAGAAUUUGAUUGGGAUGAGAAGACUCAAGGUGUUAUAUUGGGAGCUUUUUUCAUCGGUUAUGUUGCUACAAAUGUCCCAGGUGGAAGAAUGGCAGAGAAAUUUGGUGGAAAGCUAAUAUAUGGAUUGGGAGUAUUUUUAACUGCUGUACUGACUGUAAUUACUCCUUUUGCAGCAUAUAUUGGAUUGAUACCAUUCUUAGCUGUACGAGUAGCAGAAGGAUUUACAGAGGGUGUUACAUUCCCUGCAAUGCAUAGCAUGUUAGCGCAUUGGGUACCUCCUUUAGAAAGAAGCAAAUUUGCUGCUAUAGUAUAUGCAGGUGCAAAUUUUGGAACUGUAAUAUCAUUACCAGUAAGUGGGUGGCUCUGUUCAUUAGAACUUUGGGGUGGAUGGCCCCUUGCAUUUUAUUUAUUUGGAGGGCUUGGUAUUGUGUGGUAUGCAUUUUGGACAAUUUUUGUAUUUGAUACACCUGCACAACAUAAAAAGAUUGAUCCUCUUGAAAGAGCAUACAUUGAAGCUAGUGUGGAAAAGAAGGAUGAGGAUAAUGAUUCAGGAGUUCCUUGGUUAUCAGUAUUUACAUCAUUACCCAUGUGGGCUAUAGCUAUCACUCAGUGUGGACAGUCAUGGUCAUUUUAUACGCUUUUAACAGAAUUACCAACGUAUAUGGAUAAAAUUUUGCAUUUUGAUGUACAACAGGAUGCAUUCCUUUCAGCACUGCCUUAUUUAAGUUCUUGGUUAGUCGGACUCGGUAUUUCAAGUUUCGCAGACGCCCUCCUUGCCCGUCAGCUUAUAUCUCCUUUAGCAUCGUUCAAGUUAUGGAAUACAGUGGCUUCAUUAGGACCCAGUCUCAGUUUCAUUGGCGCUAUCUGGGCUGGAUGUGAUCGUAUGAUGGUUAUGAUGAUGCUCGCUGGAUUAGGAUCUCUACAAGGUGCAAUUUAUGCAGGGAAUCAAAUGAAUCAUAUUGCUCUAGCACCACGAUAUGCAGGAACUCUUUAUGGACUUACAAAUGCUGCGGCAAAUGGUUGCGGAUUUUUAGCCCCAUAUUUUAUUGGAAAUAUAGUCCAAGGACACGAAACACUGGCUCGUUGGCAUACAGUAUUCUGGUUAGCAGCAGGAAUAAAUAUGGCGACCAAUUGUUUUUACUUAAUUUUUGCAUCUGCUUCAGAACAACCAUGGAGUAAAGGUAGCAGUUGAUGACAAAAUGUAGUUAGACACGAAGUAUUUCAUAUGGAGAAUAAUUUACCGUUAGAUCGAAUCGCGCUCAGUUCGUUUUAAUUAUUAUAUUGACCGUUUCCGUCAUUUAGGCACAAAUUUGCGGUAUUUCUUUUUGCAAUAUUAAGUUUAAUAUAUUUCGCAUUGAAUGAAAUAUCUCAAACCUGAAUAAUUUAUUACAUUGUCUUGGUAAAACGAUACAAAAGCUAAAAGUAAAGUUUGUUUGCAUCAGUAUUAUUAUGUUAAUGAAGUUUAGGUACUAAAUCUAUAAUUUACAUAUCAUUCCAAUGAAGCUAUUCACAUGACAAUAUGACUUUUUAUAAUUUUGCUUGACUUUUUAAUUUAAUUGAAAUGAACAUGAUUUAAAAAAAUAUUGACUUUACUUUAUUUUACUUUAAUCUCACUACGAAGAAGAGUAAAUUAUUACAGAUAUUUUUUUUGUUUAUAAAAUAAGAAGUAUCAAAAAAUGUCUAGAGUCUAUAUUCUCGUUUAUAUAUAAGAGUUUUAUAUGUACAUAAAAAUAAUGUAAAAAUGAUUGGUAUAGUGCAGGAUGCAACAAUUUUUAAAUGAACAAGUGAAUCUUUCUUUUUCAACUAAAUAUGUAUGUUUCAUAUCGAAUGUAGUUUAUCUUUAUAUCUCCUGUGGCAAUAGCCAAUAAGAUGAUAUAUAAAUUUAUAAAUUUGUUUAUAAAAAAUAUAAAAAUUUCAACAAAAAUAAUAUAUGAUAUAGCUAUAGUAAGAUUUUACUAACGAUAAGUUGGAAAGCAAAAAACUUUAUAAAGAUAACUCCUACAAUCAGACUUUAAUAAAAUCAUUAUUUUUUCCAAAAAA